GGUGAGCGGCUGUGGAAGCACAAGGACGGCCGCAAGGGCCCCCGCCCCAACCACAUGGGCGAGGGCCCCGCUGCCCACCCGCUGGUGGUGGCUACUGCCGUCCUCCGCUGGGGGCCGGUUGCGGCUGCGCCGAGCGGAGCAGCGCGCGUGCAGCUUGCGCACCACGCGAUGCUGCGCGUCUUUGGCCGGCGGCUGCGCCUCGCGGCGCCCCCCGCCGGUACUCCCGCCCCGAUGGUCUGCCCGCUGGACCUCGCUCUCACCGGAACCGCGUGGGUUCGCUUCCUGAACGAGCUGCUCACGUGCGGGCUCCUCGACGCGGCCCCCUUCUCCUCUUCGGCUGCACUACAGCUGGCGAUCGACCGCCUCGAUGUGUCGCCAGCGGCGCUGGAGGUGAAAGAGCCCGAUCUCCUCCCGGUGGGGGGCCUCGCCGCCGCGGCCGCGCUGGCGGGGGAUGCUGCUCAUGCGCAGCGCGGGGCGCCUCGCCGAGCCAGCGCCGCGGCGUCUGCGGCGAGGCCGGCGGCGGCUGUGGCACCGGCGCCGAACGCGACGGACGCAGAGAGGCACCGCCUUGGGCAGACGGUUACCUUCCGGAGCUGGCCCACGGAGCUGGCCCACGGAGCUGGCCCACGGAGGCUGGCCCACGGAGCUGGCCCACGGAGCUGGCCCACAUGGAAGGUCGCCGGGAAUGCGGCGUAA